AUGACCGACUACGCCGACGAUGGCGGGGGCCUCAUUCUCGAUGGCCCCUUUGAUCCUGAUGCCCAGGCCACUGUCACCGACUACAUCGACUACACCGAAUACCUGCCCGCCGAUCUCAUUCGCUCCCUCACCCUCAUCCGGGGCCUGGACAAGCGCUACCUCGACUCUGCCCAGACCAUCCACGAACUCACACGCACCUACGGCCAGCUGCCCGAUCUGCCGCCGGACGCGCGACCGGAUCCGCCGUGCCUGCGCAAGGAGAUCUCCGCCCAGCUGGACCAGGCCAUCAACGCCCGCGAGGCCUCCUACGCCGAGGCCUGUCGCCUUUACGACGUGAUUGACCGUCACUUUGACCGGCUCGACUCCAUCCGACAGAAGCUCCACGCCCUGCCGAAACCCCCUUCGCGCGAGACCUCCGCCGCCCCGGACCUGUCGGACAAUAAACGCGUCCGGACCGCAAAGAAGGAGACGGCCACCUCCUCCGUCCAGACCACCACGCCGCGUAUCACCUUACGCUUGGAUGGCCGUCGAUCUGCCACCGCGGCGCCUCCACAAAAGUCUUCGAGAAGUCGACGAUCCGUCAUCGUCGCGGAACACCUCGCUGGCUUACACCCUGACUCCCCCAUCGAUAGUACAGAACAUUCCGAUGCCGAAGGGGACCCCAAACUGCGGAGUUCUGACUCCGUGCAGCAACCAACAGCACCUACUCCCAAAUCCUCGGCCAAUCGUAAAGACAACACUACUGCGCGAAGACCGAGAGUGUCAGGAGGCGGAGGAGGCACCGGUGCUGGCGGCGGUAGUGGUCCGUCUCGACAGCGCUCGGUGGUCGGAAUCACAACCAGCAACGCUCUAGCGUUAUUAAAGCCCCCUCCAGAGGAUGCCAAGGCGGGCAGUGAAGACCUGCCCUGGCUGCGCCUGACGGACUGGGAGAUGACGAAGCUGCGCAAGAAGAUGAAGAAGAACGCGGUCUGGCAGCCAAGCGAAGUGAUGAUCCACCGCGAGCUGGCCCUGCGUGGCCGCGGAUGGGAGGCAUACCGUGCUGCCAAAUCGGCCGCCGAGGCUGCGGGGACUGAAUUUGUGGACUGCGAUGAUGUGAUGAACACCUAUGUACCUGGCAAGUUGAUGCGCAAAACGGACGCCACCCAAGACGCGAUGAUUCCGACUGAGACCAAGCUAAGCAACCGCGGCAUGAAAUUAAACGAGGCCAAGAAGCUCAAGCGGGAGAACCUGGCUCGUGAGCAGGCGGCGCAGGCCGCAGCGGAAGCAGAAUUGGCAACAAAACGGCUGAGUGACGUGGGUUCUAGUAUGAAGACUUUGUUCAGUACUUCGGCUGACCGUCCUUCUACCGCUGGUCCGGCAGCCGCCAGUACCACCGCCCCAUCUACCAGCAAGGAGAAAGGAAAGUCGUCGAAGAAGAGAAAGUUCGAGGAGGUGACCGUCGGGGAGGACCAAGCCUCCGCCGCGCCGCAGCAGCCAGAGUCUGAGACGGCGAGCUCGCUACGCAGCGCCGCCAAACGACGGAAAUCCGGCAAGGAUCAUCUCACCACGCCCGCCAAUACCUCCUCCGUCGGCGAGACCGACCUGACGAAAGCGGCGUCCCCACGGCUGUCGCCGGUGGCCUCGAAGGGAUUGGUGGUGGCCGGCCCUGCAGUGUUCACCUCGACGCUUACCCCACCACCAGCCACGCGGCCUUCUUCUCAACGACGGUCGCAGGCCACGUCCGCCGAACCGACCGGCAUGCUUACCGUUACCACCACCACCAGCACUCCUGCUCCGGGCGCCGGUGGACGCGAUCUUCGGCCGCGCAGCAUGACGCCGGCAUGGAAGGCCCCCGGCCCUGGCGAGUCGUCGUCACGACCGCCUAGCGUGAGUGGGGGCGGAGCGCCUCGACGGCGCAAACGCCCGGCGCCGGGGAUCGUGCAGUCUGGGCCCGGGGGUGGCGCCGCGAUCAGCCACGGACGACGCAAGGCGAAGCCGACGAAGAAACGGUUUGGGUUGCGCGAGAUGGAUUCCAUGACGGGGAAUCAGGACAUCCGGAUCGACGAAGACGGGGUGCUGGAGGAGAUUGACCCGAACGAGCCACGGUACUGUCUAUGCGGCGACGUGAGUUUCGGGACGAUGAUCUGUUGCGAGAACCAGGAUUGCGACAAAGAGUGGUUCCAUCUCGACUGCGUCGGGCUGUCCGAGGUCCCUUCCCGGACGACGAAAUGGUACUGUCCGGACUGUCGGAAAGUGCGCAAGCUGCGUCGAUAA